CGUCGCGACCUCUUCUAAGUUACUAGCACUAGACACACCAUCUUUGUCCAACCACAUAUCGUCCACAUCCUAAUAUUUUGUCUCCAAGCGAGAAAAAGACACAAUGGAAAGGCAACAAGACAACGCCUCAGAUGCAGACUCUGACUUGGAGGAGCUGGAGGGAGAUAUCGCCAAAUUAGAUGAGACUGUUCGAACCUUUUUGGCAGAUCAACGGGGUGAGAAUGAUCCUUCGCCUGCGGCCCGUGGACUUCCACGAGGAAAAGGAGCACGAGGUCCACGAAAAGCAGCAAAACCUCGAGGAGACAUCACAGCACGACUAUCGAAAGUAAAUCAAGCUUUCCUGAGCGGCGACUAUUCACUAGCACUGGAUCUUGUUUUUGAAGUUAUCAGAAUCAACGCGGAAACGCACCAAGCAUGGACGACUCUAUCAUCGAUUUUCCGUGAGCAAGGUGAUAUGGGCAAAUCGUUAUCAGCUAUGGUCUAUGCUGCUCAUCUUCGCCCAAAGGACGUGAACGGUUGGCUCCAGUGCGCAUCAUUUGCACUGGAGAACGUUGCAGAUGACGAAACCGGAAAUCUCAACACCGCAAGGCUUUGCUAUUCUGCUGCGCUGCGGGCCGAUCAUACGAAUAUCGAUGCUCGCUUGGGCAAAGGCCUAGUCUGUCACAGACAGGGCCAUCUUGCAGCUGCCAUCUCUGACUACAAAGUUGUUCUGGAGCAUCGACCCUACGACCUUGAAAUUGUCAGAAAACUUGCCGAAGCUUGUGUUGACAACAAACAAGCCGAGGCCGCUGUUCCGAGCGCAAUUGCAGCCUACAAGCGGUUCUUUGAUCAUGAACGGACGAAGCCGCAGAUGGAAAUUAUGGAAGCCCCAUGGCAUGAUAUUGGAAUCUACGUGGAGCUUUUUGCAUCGACAGGGCGCUAUCAGGAAGCUAUACAAGAGUCCAAGUCACUCUCUCGAUGGCUAUUGGGGAGAGCGGCAGAAGAAUACUGGGAUCAAUGGACCUCUGACGAUCGCGAGUGGGAUAUGGAUGACGAACGACGGGCUGCUGUCUCGAAUUUCACUGCAGGAGUCUGGAGUCCUGACAGCUAUGGUCAGUCGUUUCCUUGGGACCUGCGUGCUCGAUUGGCAAUAUA